GUAGUCGGGGACGCCUGGCAGAGGCUUUUCCUAGGGAACAGGCUGUUGUCGCCCCGCCCCCUCGGGGCUUUUUGUCCCGUUAACUGUCGGAGUGGCGGGGGGCUGCAGCGCCGAGCGACAUGCCGGUGCGCUUCAAGGGGCUGAGUGAAUAUCAGAGAAACUUUCUAUGGAAAAAGUCAUAUUUGUCAGAGUCCUGUGAUCCCUCAGUGAGGCGAAAGUACCCAUGGGCUGGACUUCGAUCAGAUCAAACAGGGAUCACAAAAGAGCCAGGUUUUAUUUCAAAACGAAGAGUCCCCUACUAUGACCCACAGAUUUCAAAGUCUCUCGAGUGGAAUGGAGCGAUCUCAGAGAACGAUGUGGUUGAUUUACCAAAACCUGAAGCUCCAGAAACACCAAAAUCACAAAAGGCAGAACAAAAAGAUGUGAACCAAGAAAGAGUUCUGUCACUAGAGGCCUCCAGGGUUCCCAAGAGAACCCGAUCUCAUUCUGCAGACUCCAGAGCUGAAGGGGCUAAAGAUGCUGUGGAAAAGAAUGAAGAUGAAAUAACAAGCCAUAUACCAGUUAAUGAAAAUGUGGAACUGGAACAUUCUACAAAGCUUCCUUCAGAAAAUGUAGAUAAUGGGUUGGAUAGACUUCUACGUAAGAAAGCUGGAUUGACUGUGGGUCCUUCUCAUAAUGCCUUGAGAAAUUCUGAAUAUCAAAGGCAGUUUGUUUGGAAGACCUCUAAAGAAUCCACUCCAGUGUUCGCAGCCAAUCAGGUUUUCCACAAUAAAAGCAAAUUUGUUCCACAAUUCAAAGGUAACUCAAUCAUCCAUGAAACGGAAUACAAAAGAAAUUUCAAGGGUUUUUCUCCAGCAAAAGAACCAAAACUAAGAAACAACUUGAAAGAAAACGGAAAUUUUGAGACAGUAUCACCUGAAAAGAAGUGUGAUAAAACAGAUGAUCCUUUAAAAUUAGAAGUAGAGAUGGCAUCAAAAGACUCAACCCAACCUAAAAAGAAGCUUACUCCUUGGAGACAUCAAAGGCUUGGGAAGGUGAAUUCUGAAUAUAGAGCAAAAUUUCUGAGCCCCGCUCAGUACUUAUACAAAGCUGGAGCUUGGACACGUGUGAAGGAAAACAUGCCAAGUCAGGGUUCUCUAAAUGCCAUGUGGUAUGCAGAGGUUAAAGAACUCCGAGAAAAGGCUGAAUUUUAUAGGAAACGAGUUCAGGGAACACAUUUUUCUCGGGAUCAUCUGAAUCAGAUUCUGUCUGAUAAAAACUGCUGUUGGGAUGUCUCCUCAACCACAAGCUCAGAAGGAACCAUCAGUAGCAACAUCAGAGCAUUAGAUCUUGCUGGAGAUCCUAUGAGCCAUAAGACUUUGCAGAAACAUCCUCCUUCAAAACUGGAAGAAAAAAGAGGUAUCUUGGAAGAACAGCCACAGAGAAAUACCACAGAGAAACUGGAUGGGUCCAAUGUUCCCACCACACCUGCUAGAAGGAGGCUGGCUUGGGAUGCCGAGAGCACUAGUGAAGACAUACAGAAACAGCCCAGCGAGGAAGAGGAGGAGGAGAAACCCGGAAGGGAUAAGCAGGUGUAUGUAGGAGAGCCAGAGAACUUGGAUGAACAUGAGAAACCUAAGGCAGACUCGAUGAAAGAAGGGUCGGAUGCUUCUUCUGUACUGUCAGGAAAAGGAGGCAGGCUUCCCACUCCGAAGCUGAGAGAACUUGGUGGAAUCCAAAGGACUCAUCAUGAUCUUACUACUCCAGCUGUUGGUGGAGCUGUUUUAGUGUCCCCUUCUAAAGUGAAGCCUCAAGCCCCAGAGCAGAGGAAAAGAAUGUCUUGUCAGGAUGGCUUAGAAACUUUAAAGAAUGAUUUUACAAAGAAAGGAAGUCGUGCUAUACUGACUUCUCCCACUGCUGGUAUAAAAACAAUUGAUCCUCUACCUUUGCGGGAAGAUUCUGAAGUCAAUAACCCCAAGUUUGCUGAGGAAACUCUUCCAGUUUCGAAAAUUCCAGAACAGCCAACACAUACCCCUGCACAGUCACCUUCUCCACCAGAUGCCCAGUCCUACUGGCAUCCUUCUCGUCGAAUUCAGGGAUCUCUGAUGCAUCCAGAAUUUCAGCAUAAUGUGGGAAAGGCAAAGAUGAAUAAUUUCCAGUUGCCUCAGCGUGAAGCCUUUAAUGAUGAAGAUGAGGACAGAUUGUCUGAGAUUUCUGCUCGCUCUGCGGCUUCUAGUCUCCGGGCUUUUCAAACUCUGGCACGAGCUCAGAAAAGGAAUGAGAGUUUCUGGGGCAAAACAUAAACCUAGUUGAAUUGUUUUUAUCCAAGGAAGC